UCACUUAGAUCCAGCACCAGUCUCGUGUGGGAGACUCUAAGAUUUUGUGACACUUUUCGGUUUGUUUCGGAAGACCCCAGAUAUUCCCUCGACGAGUUUUUAAACUAAUAACCCCCAUAAUAUAAUAUAUAUUUUUUAAACAGAGUUACAUUUCAAUCCAAAAGACACGACCCUUCUAAAUUGAACGUCCACAAUGCACUCGAAUGCGCCCUAUCACAGGCUCUUCGACACGAUCGCCUACGAUCUUCCACCCUGGGUGGACACCACCUUCAGCCACCGCGCCCCCAUGUGGGCGGGGCAGGCUUUCAUAUCCGGUUCGGGUAAUGGUGUAGGCAUUGGUGGUCCUGGAUCAACCACUUCAUCUUCUUCAAGUACUAGAAGCAACAUUAGCGGCGCAAGCUCUUCGAGUGGCUAUAUCUCUGAGACCGUUUCAGAGUCCAUAUUCAGCUCCUACUUCCGGCUGAAUGAUUUGGAGGGGAGACACAACUUGUGGUCCACCUGGUGUUCGGGCGGCGACAAUCAGAAUGAGCAUGCUCGUCAGGAUCGAGAUUCUAUCAGCCCGAGUACCCCGGAAACGGCCAUAGCGCUUCCUUUCAGUGCGUGGCAGAUACGAGCCAUGGAACGUUUGCGGGAACUCCUGGAGCACAAUCUCAUUGGCGUGGACGCCAAAUGGAUGCUGUUCGUCGCCUCGGUGAUGAGCUAUCGCAGCCGAAGCCUGUUCCGCGCCUGUGCUCCGCCCACAGUUCGUCCGCCCCUGGUCGGGCGAAAGCUGGACGGCCUGACCUUGGCGGUCAGCAAUCUGCCGGACAUGCUGCAGCUGCGGCGCCAGCUGAAAGCCAAGCACAUGCCCUGGGGCCCGCUGCCGGACGAGCGGGUGGCCCUGCUCCACUGGGUGCUGAUAGAGAGCAGAACUCCUUACCUGCGCCCGCUGCGGAGUCACGAGCGGUCGCACGUGUGGGCGAAAGUGGGCCAACGGCCGUUGGACGCGCCCAAUCUGGUGUUCCAGGUGGUGGGCGGCGGGCCGGACUCCCAGGUCGAAGGCGACCCCGCCAACGAGGCUGUCUGCGCCGCCUACGGCAUAACCCCGUCGACGUGGCUCUUCUAUUCCGGGGAAAUGGAUGCCCUGUAUCCGAUGAUCUGUGCUCCGGAGGAUCCGGGCCAAGAGGAACUCCAACUGCAGCAGGAUCUGAAUGUGGCGUGUGAUCGGGCGCCCGCCUGCGCCUGCUGGGGCCAAUCGCUGUGCGGCUCCGUGUUGCGCUGCGUCGCCGUUUGCCAAAUCCGCCAGGCCAGGCUCCAGGUGUGCUAUCUGCUCAUCUACACUGUCGCCAUGUCCCAGAGGCCCAAUCUCCGCGAGCUGAUGGGCGAGUGGCAGCAGGAGGGCAUCCUCCAGACAGAACGAUCCAAUCAGGUGGCCGACAAUACCGGCAGGAACAUGGACUCGCCGGCCAAGGGGCUAUUUUCGAGCAUCGAUUGGGGCAGCCUGCUCAAGAAUGUGGGCGUGGCACUAAACAUCCUCUGCAGCGGCCGCAGCUGGUAGAGAGGAUGCCCCUUAGCCCCUCAGCUGUGUAGCCUGCUCCUUGCAACCAAAAUUGUUUAAUUGUUUGACAAAGUUAUAUGCCGUUGCAUAUUAAACGCUUGAAGUAUGUCCAGGCGGA